UUAGGCUUUAUGGUUAUUUUGUAGAUAUAAGAAUGGUGCCUUUACUUAAAGAGAAAAUAGCUGGCAGAGCUUUUGAUGCAUUAUUAAACCAAAGCCAUUCUUACUUUAUACAUAAUUUUCCAGGCGAUCUAACUCAUAAAGUAAAUAAUCUAGUUGAUAGUACAAUAGAAUUAAUUAAACUAUCUAUAGAUCGUUUUUUUGCUUAUAGUUUAGCAUUAGUUUUUGCUAUUUAUAUUUUAUCGUUAGCAAAUCUAAAGUUUGCUAUAGCUACUUUAAUUUGGGUAAGUAUUUUUAUAUUAGUUUCAAUUUUAUGUUUUCAAAAACUCAGUAAUUUAGCUAAUCACUAUUCAAGUUGCACUACUAAAACUACUGCAAAUCUAGCUGAUAGUUUAUCAAAUAUAACAACAAUACGUCUAUUUGCUAAACAAACUUAUCAGAGGUUUAAAUUUUUGCAGAUUUACCAGAAAAAAAUAGACGCAGAAAAAAGAAUGCAAUGGGCGUAUUUCUGGAUUUGGCUCAUAUAUGGUUAUUCAUUUGAAUUAUUACAAGCUAUAAGCCUGUACUUGUUAAUUUAUGGUUAUCAAUCAGGAGAGAUAGGCAUUGGAGAUAUAGCCCUUGUACUUGCUAUUAAUAUAGCAAUAGUAGAGUUUUUGAACCAACUUACUAGAGAUUUAACUCAAUUUUCAAUUCAUUUUGCUAGAGUUUCGGAUGCCUUAUCUUCUAUAAAUAAUAGAUUGGAAAUUAUAAAUAAAGACAAUGCAACAGAACUUGAGGUCAACAAGGGAGAAAUAAAAUUCCAGCAAGUUUUAUUUUUUUACCCUGAUAAAAAACCUUUAUUUAAAGUUUUUUCCGUUACUAUUAAUCCUAAGGAAAAAGUAGGUAUAGUAGGCUACAUCUAUGGUAGUGGUAAAUCUACCUUUAUAAAUUUAAUCUUAAGAUUCUUUGAGAUUAAAGCAGGAAUUAUACAAAUUGAUAAUCAAUCUAUAAUUGAUGUUACUCAAAAUUCUUUAAUGCAAAAAAUAGCUGUUGUACCUCAAGAUUUGAUUUUAUUUCAUGACACUAUUUUAGAAAAUAUUCGCUAUGGUAAUAAUGAGGCAACUGAGCAAGAAGUAGUGCAAGCAGCUAAAUUUGCAGGCAUUCAUAAGUUUACCAAUAGUUUGCUUAAAGGUUAUCAUACUAUAGUAGGAGAAAAAGGUGUGAAAUUGUCAGGAGGUGAGAGGCAAAGAAUAAUAAUUGCUAGCUUUCUUAAAAAUGCUCCUAUAUUACUUCUUGAUGAGGCAACAAAUCAGUUAGAUUCAAUAACAGAAAAAAAAUCCAAGCAAGUUUAUUUAAGUUAAUGCAACAUAAAACUGCAAUUGUCAUAGCUCAUCGCCU